AGUCUCUUCCCCGUCCACCCCAAGUCUGACUUCUCUCAGGAGGGACUCAUGAACACGUGCACUGAGCACCCCCAAAAUGACAUCACACAAGGGCAGAAAGGAGCCAAAGGGGGAACGUGAAAGGCAGAAAGGGAGCUGUGGUUGCCAGGCAACCAGUCCUAGCCCACCUUUGUUUGCCUUGGUGAUAGCAACGAAGGUCUGGUCAGGGCCGCUUGGCCACGCUCACGCCUUUUCCUCUCAACAGUUGCUUCUUUGAGUCAGGGUGCAGCUCUGGUCACCUGACGGCCUCUUCAGCUCAGCCUCCCGCAAAGUGUGAGCCUGAAGGACCACCCUGAAUUGCCCUUGUAGGACCCAGAACAGCUACCAGCAGAAUCGGAUUCUCAUGGACCAACUGGUAUUCAAAGAGACAAUCUGGAAUGAUGUGUUCUGGCAGAACCCCUGGGACCAGGGGGGCCUGGCAGUGAUUAUCUUAUUCAUCACCGCUAUCCUGCUUCUCAUCUUAUUUGCCAUCGUGUUUGGUUUACUCACUUCCACAGAAAACACUCAGCGUGAAGAGGGUGAAGAGGAGUGACCUGACUUCCUGGGGACUGAGACGGCAGCAGGGGAGGCAAGCUGACCUGCCCCAUUCUGAUGGUGGGCCCCUCCGCGGUCCCCUCUGGCUCAGGGGCCAGGCCCUGGUGUCUUCCUUUCCCACCAGGAAAGAGUCUAGUAAAAUAUUCCAUCUGGCUUAGGGUUGGUCAGACUAGUAAGAUGGGGAGGCUGGUCUGAGACCAAUUCUGGCUCCUUGAUCCUAUUGGUUUUCGGGUUCCCUGACCAGAACACUAAAAGCACAUGGAGAGGACGGCUCCACUGCCUCAGGUGGAAGGAGCGAUGGCUAACAAGGUUUUCUAACAGGCUCACAGGCCCAGCCAGCAAUUUCACAAAUCCUUGACAGAGAAAGGCACAACCAAAUGAAGUAAAAAUUCCUUUACAAAUCUGCUAA